GGUUAUUGUCAGUUUCGGCAGUUUUGCACAGGGAGAGGACCGUGUCCUGAAUAGCAGUGAGCUGCCUUAAACACACAAAUAUUUAUUCGGACAUUAUCAAUAUUGCUUGGUAUUUAGAUCAAAGAGAGGGUCAACGCAAAGGAAUGUUUGGAACUGGUUUUGUCACCUCAAUUGGAAAUCAGAGUCUAUAAUCGGGAGGACAGACGUUUGCGAGAGGCUGUAGACAGACAUCGCCGGAGAAAGUGUAUGCCAAUCGGGCUAAGGAUUUAAUAGCACCGCUUAUUUCUCACAACUGCAUUUGUUUCAAAGUAUUGGAAUCUGCACGGUUACUCUCUGCUACAGACAACGUUGAAACAUUUUGUUUAGUGGACAAAUUCAGAUUGAUUAGACUAAAUAGGUGAACCACUUUGACCUAUAUGCAUAAUUGCUUUGGGGAAUCAUUCGCAUCCAUCAAAUCUUUUGGAUCGAGAAUUUCGUUUUGUGACAAAUCUUUUUGGAAAUAUUAUCGGGGAAACGAGGAGAAGAAAUGAUACGGUAGCGGAUCAUUUUACAGGCUAGUUUCAGAGGGCGAAAGGUUGAGUAUAGUAUGCGUUAGGUGAGAGCACCGUUUAACGGGAGAGACUGACACCCAACACUCCUGGAUUUGUCAACCUGUUAUUUCCCAGGGUUUGAAUUCACGGUCAUUCAGCCCAGGAAACGAAACGCAUCAGUUACAAUAAUAUUGUUCAUUGACGGAAAGAGCAAUUAAUUUAACCAUUGGGUUUUCCAGUUUGGAAUCUGAUUCACUGUCUGAAAAUGUGCAUGACACUAAAAGGGGGAGAAUAAACUGUAUUGCUGUUGAUCAACAACGGGUGGUUUUUGGAUUUUGGAGAGCGGAAUGAAACCUAUCUGAUUUAUCUCUGGACCGCAACGCUCUGAAGCAGACUACUCAUCGCCAGCUAACCUGCAUGGAAUUCUAAUCUGCACUACGAAACAAUUUAUGGUUGGCCUUGGCAGUCCCCCAGUUGUAGUUGUCCGCCCGCCCCCCCACCAUGCUGGCCUGCCUGCAGAGGAGGCAGAACCCUCCAAUCCCAUCCUCCCAGCACCCCUUGUGCGCCAGCAAGGCCCUGGAGCCGCCUCAAGCACUCAGCCGAAAAUGUGAGCUGGUGGUUCCCAUGCAUUCUCCCCGCUACCCCAGUGUGGCUGAGCUGGAUGCCUACGCGCAGAAGAUGCAGAGCAGCCCGCUGUCCAUCAAGAUCUUCCCCACCAACAUCAGGGUCCCCCAGCACAAGCACCUUAACCGGACUGUGAAUGGCUUUGACACCACAGGUAGCCAGCGCUACAGCCCCUACCCACACCUCCACACCGGCGGUUACACAGGCCUCCUGGCCAUUGUCAAUGCCUCCUCAUCCUCCCCCUUCGGCCCCACUAAGGGCAUCAUCAAGAACUCGGAAGGCAGACGGACUAAGCUCUCCCCAGCCCAAAUAGCUGUGGCCCCGUACCCGCCCCCUAGCAGUAGCACUUUAGCCAAUGGCCACGGCCAGAUGGUGUACCACACGGGGUCCUCGAAGCCCCCUGAAGCCCCUGCCCUCUCCCGCUCGGUGCCCCCUAACGUCACUGUGGCCGGCUCUAUGAUCCCCGUGACAGGGGGGCGAGGCCUGGCCCAGCCCCUCUCCCAGUCCAAUCUUCCCUCCAUCCAGAGCAUCAUCUAUCAGAUAAACCAGCACUGCCAGGCCCAGGCUCUGCAGCAGGUGUGCCAGGGGGCCACCUCCUCCACCGCACCUUCCACCAACCCCAGCCCCUCCAAGCAGGGUGCGGGGGGUGUCAUGGGCAUUUCCUCUGGCUCCUCAGGGGGCGGCUAUGUGGGCAGCAUUGUGCCCCAGCCUAACCUGGUGUACACAGGAGCGGGGCUGCCGCUGGCAGCCCACAGUGGCGAGGCCAUGAAGGCCGGGGUGUACUCCGACAGUAUGGACUACAUCCUGUGGCAGAAACAGCAGCAACAACAGCAACAACAACAGGCUGUGCUUCGCAUGUACAGUGGGGGCAGCGGGGGGGGAGGGGCCAUCAGUAAGUCCCCUGAAAGCUGUGGUGCCCCGGGGGGAGGGGGGAUUAUGGCUAAGGCCCAGGUGUUGUCGUCAUCCUCCUCCUCCUCCUCCUCCAGACCCUACCACCUGACAGGGGGCGUUGGCAGCGGGGGGUGCCUGGACAAGGUCAGCUCCUCCCCUCUGAACUGCAUGGGGAUGCAUGGCAACUUCUCUGUGGGCCAGUACUUUGCCCCGCCCUGGAACAGCGUGCUGGUCACCCCUGACAGUGACUGUUACAACCCCCACCAGGAGCUCCUGAGGACCACCACAGGAGGACCAGCUACGGGGGGCCACAGGGAGAUGGGCUACCACCACCACCCCCACCACCAUCACCACUACCCCGCCAUGGACAGCGGGAGUGGGGGAGGCCUGUGCUGCAGCCUGCCCAGUAAGAGCCAGCUGUGCAACACAUCGGUGCUGAGCAGCAGCCUGCAGUCUCUGGAGUACCUGGUCAACGACAUCCACCCGCCCUGCAUUAAAGAGCAGAUGCUGGGUAAAGGCUACGAGACUGUGUCGGUGCCAAGGCUGUUGGACCACCAGCAUGCCCACAUCCGCCUCCCAGUUUACAGAUAGAGCGGGAGAUGAGCGUGCGAGUGCCAGAGCUCAAGAAUGAAUGAAUGAAUGAUGCGAAAUCUGGAUUAAAGGUGAAGGACAGAGAAGAUCUUGAUUUCCUGGGGAUGUACAAGUCUGUUGAGACUGGCACUGCUUGAAGCAGCUCGGGGGCUCCAGGGUGGGAAGCGAUGGCGUUAGACUGGAUCCUGUGUUGGAUGACAGGUGGGGGGGUUUCUCCCUCUCAGCCCAGAGUGGUUAUUUAUCAGUGGGGGAGAAAAGGGAUUUCGGUGGUUUUGGUUUUUAGAAGAUUCUCCAGAUGUUCCGUGGUUUAGUUUGCCAACCGGAAUUUGGGGCAUUUUUUUUUUUUUGUCUUGUUUUGUUGUUGAGUUGACUAAACUUUUUCCUGAGAAUCAUAGCUUGAUAUGAAGUGCAAACAGCCACCUCUGUUCCCCCAUCCAAAUAGAAAGCCAAUGUGGUGCUGUAGUCACAUAGAAGGACCCAAAGGGCUAAGGUGUAGGGCUGCUUUCUAAACUCCAAAAGAACACACACACACACACACACACACACACACACACACACACACACACACACACACACACACACACACACUAACAAAACACAAUAUACUAACAAGAAAAAUAAAAACAUGGAAUCAAUACUUUGGUAUGAUGUGCAAGAAUCACAAUAUUGAAUGAAAAAUAUAUUACAAUAUUAGUAAUUAUUGUUAUAAUUGAUACUAUAAAUUGCACUGCUUGGAGUUUAAAAACAUUGUUAAGUUUGGAGUUUGGAUUUGGGUAGUUUGGAUAUGAUAUGUUGAAGAAACUUGAAACUACUUUUGUUGUUUUCUAUAUUUGUGGGUGUAUUAUAUGCAUUGGCUGCUAUGGGGAAAAGUGUCUCAAUGCUUUUUAUUGUUUCAUUUGGGGUUUAUUUUGUUAUUCCUCCUCAAACUGACGUGCAGUUUCUGAUGUUCUGGUGUAAGGCAUAGUGGCUGGCCAGAGUGCUCUCUUCUCUAACCAACACUGGAAUCUACAGUAUAUCUUCAAAACAAGAACAUUUGCAAAAAGAAAGAUGAGAAAAAUGUCACUAUUGAAGAUUGUUAUGAUUGAGAGGUUGUCCACUAUGACCUCUUGUGUAUGUUAGUUUAUUUUUGUCCUCUAGACCCACCCCCCAACAAAGAAACCCCCAGUUUAGGAAUCUGAAAAGGAGGCUGAAUCAGCUUUUUCCUAUGAGAGGGCUUUUUACUUAAUUCCACUAUAAUGCUAUUCCUCUCUUGCCUAACUUUUAUAAGUAAGUAUGGUAGAAGUGGGAUAUCCCUUUCACUUUUGGGCCCUAUCAUAUAGAAUGAGUGUGAGCCGGGACCAAAGGGGAGUCUGUCCAGGGUACACCGAUGUGCCCCAUACCCCGAAAAACAAGAACAAAGUGAAACAAUCAUGCCCUGUCCUCUCAGGUGAUGUGAGAUGAGACAAGGUUCACUGCUUUUUCCUAGUACGUUUCAGCCCAUGGUAGUACGUUUCAGCCCAUGGUAGUACGUUUCAGCCCAUGGUAGUACGUUUCAGCCCAUGGUAGUACGUUUCAGCCCAUGGUAGUACGUUUCAGCCCAUGGUUGAGAUGAGUUGAGCCCGGGUCAUUCAUUGACUUUAGGAUUCAGAACAUUUAAAUAUUUAUUAUGUCUAUGAGUUUCCCUUGAAUGUGCUGCACUUAAAUUACUGAGAUGUCUAAUGCCUUUUGGAACUCGCGUGAACCCGAGAAAAAAGACAUUGGAUCAGUGCAGCAGUGAAGCAGUCCUUUGGUCCUAAAUUAGCAUUUCCUUUGUCAGUCAAAUUUCACUGGUAAAUUGAAUUUAUUAACUGGAGAGAGAGCUGGGCUUUGUCACGGGGAAAUGCUGGCAACAGUGGAGAUUUAUAAAGUGCAAUUAUUAUGACUGUAUUAACGUUUCUCUGAGCUUACACCAAAAAAUGUAAACUACAGUUGUGAAUACAUUCCCAAUGUUCCCCGAUCCCCAUCCUUUUCUGUUUUCAGGUGUAAAAUAAAUCUCUUUUGAGAAUAUAUUCAGAAGCCAAA